GGGAAGCAGAGGGCCAUCUCACGUUUGGCUCGUCGCGGCGGUGUGAAGCGCAUCUCGGGACUCAUUUACGAGGAAACACGUGGCGUUCUGAAGGUGUUCUUGGAGAACGUUAUCCGCGAUGCCGUCACCUACACCGAACACGCCAAGAGGAAGACUGUCACAGCCAUGGAUGUUGUGUACGCUCUGAAGAGGCAAGGCCGCACCCUGUACGGCUUCGGCGGUUAAAAAACUAGUACAGCUUGUACUUCAUUCAGCAAUCGGUCCUUUUCAGGACCAC